CCGGAAGUGACAUCGGCAAGUUCUUCCUGCAGCAAGACCGGCAAGAUGGCGGCGGACACGCAGGUUUCAGACACACUGAAGAAAUUUGCUGCCAAUGUGACCACAGCCAGUGUGAAGGAGCGCAAGGAGAUCUUUGGGGCGCUGAAGCUGUGUACAAAGGGCAAAGAGUUACCUGAGCCUGCCAUCAAAGGACUAUGCAAGCUCUUCUGUCUCACGCCGCACCGAUACAAAGAUGCCGCUUCCCGCAGAGAGCUGCUCUCCGUCAUCUCCCAGCUGGCAGAAACCCAGCCGGACGUCCUGGUGACGAGUCUCCUCCACAGCCUGCUGAGCAGCGGAGUCAUCAGCAAGACCGGAACGCCCAGUAAAAGCGCCGGCUCUGCUGCCUUCAUCGGGCUGUCCUGGACCUGCCUGUUGGUCCCCGCUGUGUUCUCAUCCCCGGAGAAAAAAGAAGGACCUGUCUGGAAGAAAAUGGUGGAGGUUCAGAGCCUUCUGGUGGCAGAUGUUGUGGGCGGAGCCAAGUCCACGGCCCAGAAAUCCAGCCUCAAACACCUCAGUCAGCUGUGGAAGGAAAACCCAGGUCUGGUGGACCAGUACGUCGGCACCCUGCUGAGUCUGGACCCCAGCCCCGUCACGCUGGCCAUGCUGGGCGUGUGUUUGGACUUCUGCACCGCGCAGAAAGAGAAAGCCACCAUCGAGAAACACAAGAGUGCCGUGUUGGACCUGUACAUCAAGUCGGUCCUCAUGAGUAAAACCAAGCCCCAGCAGCACAUCCUGGACCGAAGCAGCUCCUUCCUGCGUCACGUUUCUCACUCGGAGUUCAAAGACCUGCUGCUCCCGACUCUGCAGAAAACCAUGCUGAGGAGCCCCGAGAACGCCAUGCAGACGGUUUCCUGCCUGAUCUCGGCUCUGACUCUGGACCUCAGUCAGUACGCCAUGGAUAUCGGAAAAGCCAUCGCAAGCCAGCUGAAGGCGAACAACGUGCAGCUGGCGGAGGAGGCGGUGCAGGCCAUGCAGAACCUGGCGAAGCAGUGCAGCGAUCCGUCCGCCGUGCAGGACAUCGUCACGCACCUCUUCCAGAUCCUCGGGGGGUCCGAGGGAAAGCUCACCGUCGUUGCCCAGAAGAUGUGUGUGUUGUCAGGCAUCUCCAGCUGCAGCCAUCACUCCGUGUCGGGAACAUCGAGCCAGACGCUGAGCUCUGCGGUCGCUGUGAUGUUCAUCCCUUACCUCCAGCAGGAAGUUCACGAGGGCACGCUGGUCCACGCGGUGUCGGUGCUCUCUCAGUGGAGCGGCCGCCUCACGGUGGAAGUUCCCUCCACCCUGCUGGACUGGCUGAAGAAAGCGUUCAGCCUGAAGACCUCCACCUCCUCCGUGAGACACGCCUACCUGCAGACCCUGCUGGGGGCCUUCAGAGGAGACACUCUGGCUCAGGCCUCAGACCUCGUGCCGUUGCUCCUGCAAACCGUGGAGAAGGCCGCGGCACAAAACUCCCAGCAUGCACUGCUUUCAGAAGGCGUGGCAGCGUCGGUUCUGUUGAGUCGUCUCGCCCUGCUGGAGACACAGUCAGAGUCGAAGUUCUCCAACUUUUGGAGCCUGAUCUUGGAUGAGAAGAAGCCGCUGCUCACCACAGAGAAGUUCCUCUCUCAGGCCAACGACGAGACUCUGCUCACCGUGCUGCAGCUCUGUGAGAGGCUCUUCCUGGAUCACGCUCACCGGUUUAACAACAGCCAAUCACACAUGUAUCAUCGCGCCACAGUUGCAGUGAUUCUGUCUCGCAGCUAUCGAGUGAGGAAGCGCGCGCAGCAGACGGUCCGGAAGCUGCUCUCCUCUCACGGAGGGUCCAGCCUGGCGCACGGCCUUCUGGGAGAACUGCGCGUCGUCAUCAACAAACACAAAGUGUUGCCGCAGGACGUCCUGGUGUCGGAGACCGGAGAGCUGACGGAGAUGGGGCGGAGCUACAACCCUCCUCGAGUCCUAUUGGACGCUCUGUGUUUGGUCUGCUCCUCCACCAGCCAAUGGGGAGACUCCAACGAAGCCGAGAAAAUAGCCAUGGAGACCCUCAUAGUCGCCCAUCAUCCAUCCAUAGUUGAGGUUCGCAACGCCAUCUGGCCCUACCUGCUGCACUCCAUGAACAUAAAACCAGAAGAGUUCAUAGAGAAGAAUCUGGAGGACAUUCUGCCACGACUCCUGGAGGUCAACGCUGACAACCAGGCGGGGAAAAAUGCAGUCGGUGCUCUCUGUGGUCUGUCCCCCACCAAAGUGUUACCCAGAGUCAUGAGUCAUGUGAUCGAGGGGCUCACUCGCCCCGCUCUGCUCCACGUCACCAGGGAGGAGUACGCCAUCAUGCUGACCCCCGAGGGAGAGCUGUACGACAACAGCAUCAUCCAGAGCGCCUCAAAGGAAACCACAAAGAAAGGCAACAUGAAGAGAGAGAACAAGGCGUAUUCCUACAAGGAGCAGAUCAUCGAGCUGGAGUUACAGGCGGAGCUGAAUAAGAAGAAAGGCAUCAAAGAGGAGCUGCAGCUGUCCAGCAAACAGAAGGAGAUGAUCCAGGCCCAGCAGGACCGAGAGGCUUCGAUCCGGAAGAGGCUCCAGCUGCUGGACUCAGAUCUGCAGAGCGCGGUGGGUCUUCUUGAAGCCGCUCUGAUAGAGAAACCCUCUGAGAUCACGAUGGAGCUGCCGGCUGUUCUCCAGGUGCUCCUCCCCCUGCUGCCCUCCCCCCUCGCUGCUCCUCGACUCCUGAGGGUCUACCUGGACAUCGCCUGCUGCCUCAUGCCCAAACACUUCCACUUCCUAGCCGAGCUUGUGGGUCAUGUGACUUUACGCCUGCUGAAGCCCGAGUGUGAUCUGGACCCGGCCUGGGAGCAGGAGGAUCUGGAGACGGCUGCAAAUCGCACCAUUUUACUGCUGCACCAUCACACCGUCCCUCAGAGAGACAACAAGACGGCCGAUGUGGCUCCACUGUCGGCUCCGGCGUUCUCCGUGUGCUUCCCUCUCCUGAACGCGGUCGUCAAGAAGUCUUCUGGCAGCAGCGAGGACGAGGAGAGUCAGCUGAUCCGAGCGCUGCAGGUCAUCAGCGAGCACUGCCAGCUGCGCUCAGCCGCAGACAGCGACGACAUGACGAUAGACGAGAACGGCCCAGAGCUUCUUCCUCGUACGAGCAUGCUGAUGCUGCUCAUCAGGGUCAUUUCCACAGCCACCCCCCGACUCCAGGUGUUGGCGUCUCAGUGUCUGACGGCGUUGUGUUCGAGCGCCGGAGGAGAGGACGGCUGCACGGUGGCGGAGCAGCAGGAGAUCGACGUGCUGCUGGAAGGCCUCCUGUCGCCCUGCUUGUCUGUGCGAGACGCUGCCCUCAGGAGUCUCCAGAACCAGUCCAGUGACAUCCGGCUGGUGUCAGAGAGGGUUCUGUGGUGGGUGUUUAGAGAGGAGGAGACCCCCUCCAUGGAGGCCAGCCUCAUCAAGCCGCUGCUGAAGAGCCUGCUGGACAACACCAAGGACAAGAACACCAGCGUGAGAGCGCAGAGCGAGUACACCAUCGUGAACCUGCUGAGGCUCAGGCAGGGGGACACCACCAUGCAGAGUGUGACGGCCAUCUUGGACUCAGCCAGUAACGACCUGCUGUCAGACUGCCACCGCCGCUCUCUGAAGAAGAUCUGCAGCCUGCCAGACUCCAACGAGGAGAUCGACGACACCAUCCUGACGUGAUGCAGCACGACUGGGCUAUGAAAUGAUCUACAGUGCAACCACACACACACAUGUACACACACACACACACACACACGCACACGCACACACCAAACAUGCCCAGGUUGCCUUUCAUGGACCAAGGCUGAGAUGUGUUUUCCCACUAUAUCCCCAAAAACUAAUUUUCUGUUUGAGUCAUUGUUUUAGCGGCCUUUUAAAACCCAAUUUAUACCUUUUUAUUUUAUUUUAUCUCAUAAUGUGAUCCUGCAUUAUAAAAGACACAAUGCCAACUUUGUUUGAUGUUAGUGAUUCGCUACUUCAUUUUACCCAAAGGUUUUCAGUGAUUGAAGACGCCGCUGUGAGGAAACCCCUGUCUUUAACUUUUAUUUGGACUUUGUGUGUGAGAGUGGUUUGGGGGAGAAUGCAACCUCUUAUGAGAAUAAAACUAUUCUUAUGUCAGUGAAAUGGUUGUAAAGAAAAAAGGUUAAACUAAAUAAAAGGAUCUCGAUUUCAUAA